AUGGGUACCCCCGGAAAUGAUGAUUCAAGCACCCAGAUACCUGAGAGCGCAAAAAGUUCUUACCUUUUCAGGUACAAUUCGCCGUUGAUUCAGACCGUUCUUAUUGGGUUCGUAUGCUUUUGCUGCCCCGGCAUGUUCAACGCCCUCUCCGGCAUGGGUGGCGGCGGGCAACUUAACACCACUGCAUCCAACAACGCCCUCACCGCCCUCUACACCACUUUCGCCGUCUUCGGCAUCCUCGGCGGUGGAAUCUAUAACAUCCUCGGACCCCACCUCACCCUCUUCGCUGGUUGCUCCACCUACGUCCUCUACGCCGGCUCCUUCCUCUACUACAACCACUACCAGCACCAGUUCUUCGCCAUCACCGCCGGCGCCAUUCUCGGAAUCGGCGCUGGCCUUCUCUGGGCGGCGCAGGGCGCCAUCAUGACCUCUUACCCGCCGGAAAAUCGCAAAGGCACUUACAUUUCCAUCUUCUGGAGCAUCUUCAACAUGGGGGGUGUCAUCGGUGGGUUAAUUCCCUUCAUUUUGAACUACAACCGUGGUGACUCUGCUGCCACCGUCAACGACGGAACCUACAUAGGGUUCAUGGCUUUUAUGUCCGCUGGGGCUGUUUUGUCGUUGACCAUUUUGCCAGCCAGCAAGGUUGUUCGCGAUGAUGGCACUAGGUGCACCAACAUGUUGUACUCCAAUGUGACAAACGAAUGUUUUGAAAUUCUCAAGCUUUUCUACAAUUGGAAGAUGCUUCUCAUUGUUCCCGCUGCUUGGUGUAGUAACUUCUUCUACACCUACCAGUUCAACCAUGUUAAUAAGCUGCAGUUCAAUUUGAGGACUAGAGGGUUCAACAACGUGUUCUAUUGGGGGGCGCAGAUGCUUGGUUCGAUUGGGAUUGGUUAUGUGAUGGAUUUCAGUUUCAAGAGUCGCAGGAAAAGAGGGGUUGUGGGAGUGUGUGUGGUUGCUCUUCUAGCUUCUGGUAUAUGGGGUGGUGCACUUGCUAAUCAGAUUAAUCGUGACCUCGUUGCGGUCUUGGAUUUUAAGGAGGGUUCUCGCUAUGCUGGACCCUUUGUCUUGUUUUUCUGUUUUGGCUUGCUUGAUGCCAUGUUCCAAAGCAUGGUCUAUUGGGUUAUUGGGGCCCUCGCCAACGAUUCUGAGAUUCUUAGCAGGUAUGUAGGGUUCUAUAAAGGCGUACAAAGUGCAGGGGCUGCAGUGGCUUGGCAAAUUGACAACCAGAAGGUGUCAGCUAUGACUCAGUUGAUUGUGAAUUGGGUAUUGACCACUGUUAGCUAUCCCUUGUUGUUGGUUCUGGUUGUGUUGGCUGUGAAAGAGGAGAACAAGGGAGAAGAGGAACAAGCAAAACAGGUUGCGCCUUCAUCGGCUGAAAAUGGCUUUGUUCAGUGA